UUAGAUGUCGCAUCCUUCGUCUUUGGCCUGUAGAACUAAUUUUCUACAGUGCCAAAUUAUAAUUCGUUCAUAAUUUUGAUAAUGCUCGGAUAUCUUUAUAAAUUAUUUCAAACAUUCUAACAUAGUUUAUAAGGAAUUACGUGUUCUUAAGAAAAUUAUCAUUAAAUCGCAUUUUAAAAUGUAUCGAAUAAUGAAAUCAAAUAUAUAUUUACAUGAAGUUGUUCAAGAAAUUCUUGAUGCCGUGUGGGCUAUGUGCUGCAGUACCAGCAAUGAAACCUCCAACUUCUCCUGAAGAUACUACACCAUGUAGUAAUGAAACACAAGGAAAGAAAUUAAUAAAACCAUCAGAAUUACCCAUUUAUUCUAUCGAUGAUGGGUAUUCUAAGCAGAUGCCAUGCAUAGAAUAUCCUUCUAUUGUGGAAGAAAAUAUUAGAAAAGUACGUCAAACAGUGAGGGAGAUAAAAGUUACAUUAGACAGGGUUUCCCAUGAUGUUUCAAGUACCUUUGAAAAUCUUAAAUUUGCAGUUGAUUACCUCCAAGAUGAAGCCAAUAUUAUGCCACGAAUAGGAGCUGUUGGUAUUGGUGGUUUAUCAGGAUUAAUAUUCAGUCUCAGAGGAGGCAUAUUAAAAAGACUGUUUUAUACAACUACAGGUGCUAGUAUUGUUGGAUGUAUUUGUUUCCCCAAGGAAGCAAAACAAGCAUUAAACACAGUAGAACACUAUGGAAAUAUUAGUUACAAUUUCAUUUAUGGUGUGAAACCAGGGGAUAGUAACAAAAAGGAAAUUUCAGUAAAUGAAUUUCCAUUACUGAAAAGUGUGCUUGAAUCAGAAUAUUUUCGUAUGGUAGCUCGACUUUUUAAAAAAGAAACGAGCGAUACAACUGUAUCAACCAAUACAACUGAAAAAGUGGAGCUAAAUACAAAGAAGUGAAGAAUUCAAAGAAGAAAGAGUAAUGAAUUAGCAACAUUAGUUAAUGAAUAUUUAAUAAUUCAAUAUAAUAUAAAAAUUAUGUAAAGUUUUAAUAUCUGUAAAUAAAAAUCAUGAGAAGUAA